AGUGGACUUUAUCAAUAUAAAGCCUUUGGUGAUUUCAAGGAUUGCCCUCCAACCCUCUGCGCAGAUGUCUAUAUGGACUUAGAAUAUAGAAAACAAUGGGAUUCAUAUGUUAAAGAACUCUAUGAAACCAAUAUCGGUGGGAAGAUAGUCGUCUACUGGGAAGUGAAAUAUCCCUUUCCCAUGUACAACAGAGAUUAUGUGUAUGUUCGGGGUCGGAGAGACAUGGAUUUAAAUGGGCGGACAGUCCACGUGAUAUUGGCUAAGAGCAUCUCCGUACCUGAAAUUCCAGAGAAACAUGGAAUCAUCCGGGUCAGCAAUUACAGGCAAAGUCUUUUGAUUGAAAGUGAUGGCAAGAAUGGGUGCAAAGUUUCCAUGUUCUACUAUGAUAACCCUGGAGGCCUGAUUCCAUCCUGGCUUAUCAACUGGGUAGCACAGAGUGGAGUUCCAAACUUCUUGAGUGAUAUCCUGAAGGCCUGCAAAAAGUACCCUAAGAAAACAUAGAAGGAGGCAGCUUUAGUCCCAUUUCCAUGAACAUCAUUGAGUGGUCAGGUCCUGGUUACAGCAAGUCAACCUUGGCUACUUUGCUUCGCUUCCAGAGAACUGAAAGCCCUCUCCAGCAUUUCUUCCCUAUUCAUGCUAGUCUUAGGCUUGACUUACAAUACUGACUUCCUUUCCCACUCUCCCCACCCUAGCAACAAUUCCCCUCUCCCACAGUUGAAUCUAGGUCAGAUCAGGAAAACUCUGCUUGUUUAUAUUUCAAAAGGAAAGUCCUUACUGGGGAACACAAUUGGUCUAUUGUGCCCUUUAGAAAGGAAGAAAACAAAUCAGAAAAAGAAAAAAAAAAACAACCCAGUAUCCACACCAACCCCUGUCUCAGGAGGUAGCUUCUUGCUGAGCACAUAAGGGCUGGGGGAAAAUUCAUUUCAUUCAAAAUUGGCAUUUCCUUGCACUGGAGAUUGGCCAGCCUAGACCAGGACACUUGCUACUCUGUAAAUUGGCUUAGGAGAGGAUUUGAGAUUGUCAAUCCACUCUGUCUCAUAUAGUGUCAUUCCCUUGUGGGGAAGUGUGAGAUCUUCUCCUGCUGUCAAAGCAAUACUCCAACUCUCCACAUUUUAUAGAUUUCUCUCUCUGUCCCCACCCUUCUACUUCUCCUGCAUUCAUCUAUGGAAACUCUUCCUGGUCUUCCAGAAUGUAUUUGCUAGUGUUAGUGUCCAUAGCUGACACUCCCUAGCUAGGAAUCCCAUAAAUCUACCCCCUACACUGCAUUCUUCUGAAGUGUCCUUCCAGGUGGUCAGCUCUGAGGAUUAGCUUACCCUUAGAACCAGCUAGGAUCUAUGGCCUGGCUGGCUUUAAGCUUUUUAUCUCAGGGAACCUGCCAGAGCUGACUGCUCUUUCUUUCACCAAAAAACCUUCUGAACUCUGAUUUGACUAAACUGUGCCUCAAAGUUGGUUCCCAUCAGAAUUAUACCCAGUUAUUGGAGAAUGAGGAGGAAAGGUAGCAGCAGCCUUGGUGAUUUUCUCAGGGGAAAUAUCUACCUAGCAUAUGAUAGAACAGAAUCCUGAUUGUUGCACAGAGAAAUCCAGGAUUGUCUGUGUUCAGGAUUACAGGAUGCAGACUGCCACAAUAUCUCAGCUUGUGUCUUUCUUCUGUGUGAAAGGGAAUUGAUUCUUUGAAGCUUGAAUUAAAGUAAACAAACAAAUAAACAAAAACACUUGUGCUUUUUCUGAGAGUAA